AUGCAUGAAAAAAAACAAACAAAUAAAGCUCUUAUUUCAAUACAAUAUUUUCGUUUAGGUUUUAGUCGUAAUAAAUUAAUGUUGACAUCUCGUGUACCAUUUCAAAAUUUAUCUUCAACUAAAAAAGAAUCAACAAUUUUUGAACAAGUAUAUGGUAAUCGUCGACAACGAUGUAAUACAAUUUCUUUGAAUGUUCAAUGGGUACCUGUUAUUUGUCAUGCGAAUAUAUAUGAACAGAGUGGAAAUGACUUUAAUAAUCGAAACUUAAAGAGAAAGACUUUUUUCGAUACUCGUGCAAUACGGGAACAACAACAACAACAACAACCUAAAUCUGUUACACCGCCUAGUUCUGACUAUACCGAUGCAUAUUUAUCUGCUUUUGCUCCUAAAUUAAUUUCUACUAGACCUAUUCGUCGAUUAACUACUCCUAUAUUUGCACAUGUUAAACCAGUUCCACUCGAACAAACACGGACAUAUUUAUCAACAAAUGAUUCAAUUAGAACGAGUCAAACUCGUUCUAAUAAUAUUCAAAAGUUGAAUUUGUUCGAUAAAAUUCUACCAUUUUCUUCUAAUACAAAUUCGACUGUUACGUCGAAUUUCAUACCGAAUAUUUCUACUAAAUAUGAACAGUCUUCAGGUACGCCAACUUCCUCAUCCGAAACUCAAACAUUUGAUUCCAAUUAUUCAACAUCAAUUCAUCCAACGUCUUCAUCUAAACUUCCUACCACUUAUCAAUCUCAAUCAUCUAAGGAAAAUAUCGAUAAACCCAUAUCAUAUCCAUCUAGACCUUCGACUUUGUUACCAUCAUCAUACAAACCUUCCAUAUUACUUCCAUCCGCACCAUUAUCAUUGUCUAAGGAUACUUCUUCGAGUAGUACUAAUAAACAAACAGUACUACCAUCUUCAAAUAUUGAAAAACAAAUCGAUAGAACAGAAACACAUUUAUUUCAACAUGAUGAAGAUAUUUAUUCAUCAGAUAUUGAAAAAUCAUUAUCAGAAUCUUCUAUAAAUCAUAUUAAAUCAACUAUUGAUCCUGAACAUACACCAACAGAAGAAUUCUUAACAAUUUCUUCUAAACCUAUUGAAAUUCUUGAGAAUACUACAAAUGAUUAUGAUUCAUUAAUUAAUCAAAUUUCAGAUAUUCUUGCUAAUGUAUCACCAUUAAGUUCUACUGUAAGCAGUAUGAGUCCAGGUCAAAGUGUAUUAGAUUAUGAACUUACAUCCGAUGGUUCACCAAUUCUUAAACGCAAACUUAUUGAAUCUCAACAAUCAACAGUACCACUUACAAAUACGAAUACGCAAUGUUCAAAAGCAAAAUAUUUAAUACGUGAUGAUUCAAAUGAUAAAAUUGUUACUGCCAUGGAAGAUCUCAAUAUUGAACUAACACCAGUACCAUCUAAUAUUCAAAAGUCAACAACAAUUGAAAUAGAGAAAAAUGAAUCGAUAAAAACAUUCUUAGACGAACAUGAAAUGUCAUCACCAUCAUCUAAACAAAUUCAAGAAGAUGUUAAAACUUCUUCAUUAAUUAAUAAAAAACACAAAGAAUCCGAAAUCUUACUAACCAAUGGAAAAGGAUUAUCAUCAAUAACGAAAAAAAUCGAAGACGAAUAUUCAAUUUCAUCUAUAUCACCAUUAAAUGUUUUGACAAAUGAAUUGUCAUCAUUAGAAAAAGAAAAACUUGUCGAUAUACAAUCAGUAAACCAAACUCCUUUAAAUAAUGUUGAAUUUGUUCAAUCGGAAAUAAGUUUAUUAACUAACAUACCUAACAAUGAAGAUUUACAAGAAGAAACUAGUGAAUCUUAUAAUGAAGUAAUACCAUGUACGAAAAAUGAAAACCAUGUAACAGAUGAUAAUAUAGACUUAAAUGAUGGUGAUGACGAUGACGAUAGUUCAAUAUAUCUAAGUCUUACAGAAGAAAUCAAUACAUCGAAACCUUCAAUUAUAGCUGCUGACGAAGAAUAUAUAACUUCUGCUAAAUCUAAACCGACCGACGAACAACAGAUAAGUACAUAUGAUACUACAGAUCAUCAAAUUAUUGCAUCAGAUUUUACUAAACCAUCGACAAUUGUUAUUCAACGACGAAGUACUUCUUCAGAUUUAAGUCAAUCAGAUAAAAUUAAAACUUCUACACAACUUGUUGAUGAUACAGAAAAUAUCGUUAGAAUAUCAACUAUAGAAAAUACAACUUUAUCAUCAUUGCCAAUUAUCAUAAGUCCAAUUGAUACACUUACAAAUUCAAUUAGUACUCGAUAUAUAAGUAGUGAUGUCUACCAUGGUUAUCAAGGUGAACAUACACAAUUUAUAGAAACUCCAUCAGAUGUCAACACUGACAAUACGAUGAUAUCUAUUCUGACGUCUCUUCGUCAAAUCAUUGGAAAUCCUGCUACACCACUUAUUGAAACAAUUCAAAGUGUUGUAUCAAGUAUGCAAACAAUUACUGCAAUACAACCAUUGAUGAAUGAAAACGAGACGACAGAUCGUCAUAGUCAAGAGGAGAUCAGAAUAGUAACUCCGAUGACAUUGGAUUCAAAAAAAGAUAUUAAUGAAUAUGAAACUCGUAUUGAAGAAAAUAAACAGAUUGUUCAUACUUCCGAAAAAGAGCAGGAAGCUGUAUCAACAUCAAGUACAAAACAAAUCGAAUCAAUCUCCACUGAAGAUGCAAAGGAUUUAACUAUUCUUCAAUCACCACUAUCGAAGCAUAAAGUUCGAUCAUCGGACAAAAAUAUGAAUGAUCAUUCAACAAACGAAAUUGAAUUAACACUAUCGUCUGUACUCGAUUCGAUUCAAAAGAAAGUUUCAGAUAUAAUAACAACACCUACAGAAACAAUUCAAAAUAUAAUACCUACAGUACUAAUCCAAACAUCAAAGGAACACAUUGAAGCAUCAUCAGUGAAUAGUUUACAAACAGAUAAUCUUAUGAAGGAAUCGAUCAAUUUGACAUCCCAGAUUACUAUGAAUCAAAAACCAGAAAGUCCAAUGUCACCAGUAGACAAAACAACUGGAAACAUUGUAUCUACUCCUAUUAUCCAAGAUAAUCAACACAUGUUAAGAACUAAUAUUGUUUCAUCUGAACAAAUAACUUCCAUUGAACUCACAUAUAAAACAUUAAACUUAACAAGCUCUGAACAAGCAGAGAUCGAUAGUGUUAUUUCUUCUAUAUCCACUGAUGAAAAUUUACCAAUUAUCAAACAGAAUUCUAUUCAACCUUUCAAUAAACAAAUGACAUCAACAGAAACUAUUCAAAAUCUUUCAUCUUCAACUAAACAAAAAUUAACUUCGGAAAAAUCUGAAUUCUAUCCAGAACAUCAAAUUCAAAAUGAAAUAGACAUAAGUUUAACAACAUCACUACCACAGAAUGAAUUAACUUCAGAUAGCAAUAAAGAUUAUGAACUUAUUCGGAAAACUAUUGACAAAUUAAUCAAUGACAUUAUUCAUAUUGUUAUAUCACAAUUGCAAGAAAAUUCAAUUGAAAAUAUACAAGAAAUUCCUAUUUCAGAUAACAAUCUUAAUAAAUCAAUAAUUUUACAAAUUAAUGAUGUCACGCAACAAUUAGAAAAUGAAUUGGAAUCUGAUUUAACAUCAUUUAUAACCGAAACUGAAAAUACUCCAUCAAAAUUAAUAAUUGAUCGUUGUGAAUCAUCAGCAACAAAUACUGAACCUGAUUCAUUAGAAUUAGUUCAUGCUUUACAAGGUCAUAGUAUUAUUCAACAUAAUGAACCUCAACAAUUAUUUCAUCUACCAGAAAAAUCUUUUAGUUCAACAACAUCAUCACAAUUGACUAGUUCUGAUCGUUAUGUUUCUUAUGCAAUACAUCAAAUGGAUAAUUCAUCACAAGAACAUUUACCAACAAUACCUUUAGUAGCUGAUAUUCCUAUAUAUAAGGAUACAAAUGAAAAUGUUUUAUAUGAACCAAUCGUUAUUGUUAAUCGUUCAAUAAUAAAAGAAGAUGAUUUAACUGAAUUUGAUGCAAUAGAUAAUUUAACAUCUUAUACUGAUGAUUUAUUUUCUCGAAAAUUUUCUACAUUAGAUGAAAAUAAACAACAAGAACAACAAUAUUUAGAUACAAGUAGUACAGAUGAUGAUGUUGAUGAUGAAUUUGAACAAAAUGAUUUAACUAAUAUUCAUCAUAUUAUUGAUCAAUUAGAACAAUCAAAUAAUAAUUUAAAUGGAAAUGAUGAAACAUAUCAAUGUUAUGAUCUUGCAACAUCACCAUCAAGUAAUAAUAGUUCAUCAUCAUUAAGACAACAAUCAGAUGAUGUUUAUCUUAUACCAGGAUAUCCUGGUUUAUGGCGACCAUCAACAAAUAAUUAUAGUUCAAAUUUACCAAAAGAAUAUGAUGCAGAUGAUGAGACGAAAACAGCAAGUGAAACUCAAACUAUUACUCAAACAUUCAAUUCUACUAAACGUCCAUUAGUAUUUCAAAACAUUCAAGAUGAAACAACAAAUGUAAUACAUCCAGAAAUUUUAACAAAUAGUAGACUAAUACGACCAGAUAAAAUAGAUUUAUUUAAUCAAUCAUUAAAUGAAGAUUUAUUAGAUAAAUCUGAAUCGAAUAGUUAUCAAACAUGUCAAUCAUCAACAACAACAACAACAGUAAAACAUAAAAAAGAACAUAAAUUAAAUGAAAAACAAAAAUUUGAUGAACAAUAUCAAACAAGUCCUGAUGAAAGUAUUUUUCUUAUACGUGAACGUGAACGUGGUGUUUCAUUACCAGUUACAGUAAAAAUUGAUUGUGAUGAUAUAACAUUACGUUUAUCAGCAUCUACACCUAUUGAUAGUCAAUUAUAUUCAAAAUUACCACUGGAGUUAUCAUCAUCAUCAUCAUCAUCAUCAUUAAUUCAUAGUGAACCAUCAUUAUCUGUUAAAAUAGAUUCAAAUAGUCGACCAAGUUUAUUAUCAUUAAAUAGUAAUGAAAAUGAUCAAAAAACAUUACCAUCUUGGUUAAAUACAGUUAAAACAAUAACAACAACUAAAGAAAGAACUGAUGCACCACUUGAAUCUCGUGUAACUUUUCUUAAAUCUGCAAAAGGUCCAAUUAGUAUUUCUCAAUGUAAUCCACAAGGAAAUUAUAUCAUGAUUGAAAAUACAAGUCAAUCAAAAAUUAUUGAUCUUUCAAAUUGGACAAUACGUCAAGAAAAUGAUAAUGGAGAUAAUUUAAUUUUUACAUUUCCUGAUAAUUGUCAUUUAGAACCAAAUCAUUCAUUAAAAAUUUUAACAAAACCAAAUGAAUCUCAACAAGAAAAUAAUGAUCUUAUAGCUUCAUCUUUAUCAUCAUGGUAUAUAGGUUCUAAUGUUAUUACAAUAUUAUAUAAUUCUGAAGGCAAAGAUCGUUCGAGGUUAAUCAAGAAAACAAUAUUCUCUUGA